GUCUGGUUCUAUACUUCAGCCUACUCGGACCCACAAUGUCUAUGCAUAUGCAUGCACCUUUUUGAUUUUGUAACUUCUCAUUUCUUUCUCAUAGUCGAGAAAAAAUGGGUUAUAUUUCAGCAUAGAAAUACAUUUGUAACUUUUCAAACCUUUCUUUAGUAAACUUUCUCGUUACCCAACCAAAAAGAUGCGUCCGGUUUUCUUAUCUUUCUUCAUGUUUGCAGCCUUGGGCUACGUGCAAUCCCUUGAGGAUGUAGCGAGUGCUUCUCCCACUGGAGUUGAGGGGGUGAUUGACACCGGCACGGAAUUGCCAGCCCCCGAAGUAUUGCAGAGGUGCUACAAGCGGGUGCGUGACAUCAGUGUCCAAAACACCGAGAGACGCGAGGUUCCUUUUACUUAUGGCAGUGACUGCUACAUCAACAAUAGCACGACGGUGCAAGCCACGGGGUUCAACUCCACACACUAUUCUCACCAUCACAAGCACAACCAGCACUUGUUGAGGUCAUUGUCCCACCCCACCCUCGAAAUCCAUUUCACCAUGGGGGAGUUGAACGGCAUUUUUCGUGAGACAUUUAGACAGCUUGGAAUAGAAAAAGCGGAGGACAGCGGGUUCUGCUACUUCCAGCCGCAGCAGCGGGGAAAGUUGGAAGUGAAUGGGAUUUCGGUUGUAGCCCCUCUUAGCGUCUCGGAGACCUACCAGUCGCUGUGUCUGGAGUAUGCUGACAUUCCGGUGUUUAGGGACGAGAUCGUGGAUGUCGUAGUUCCGAUUUCUUUUGAAACUUUUUGUGUGUACGGGGAAGAUAUCUGUCCGGAUAGCAGCAAGUUUGCCACCUUCCACUCUCUUGUAAAAUAGAGGAAGGUUGGACUGGCUACGCCUCACAAAGGCUUUGUUCAGUAUCUAUGGCGGGGCACCAUAUUAAUCCUUUAUUUAGAGAAUGCGAAAGGAAUAGUUUGACAUCCGGCGGGUGGAUCUCCUACAGAUAGGUCCAAAUAUGUAGGUACAUACACGGGAUUUAAGAGGCUACCAUAAGGCUAGCGAAGAUUACAGCUGGAAUCUACAUAUCUAAGGUGUUAAUAUAAGCUUUCCUGCAAACACUUAGAGAAAGAUAUGCAGGUCCUAAGAGA